AUGGAACCUCUCGCCAGCGGUGUUAUAAACACCCUCCUUCCGCGCCACGUUUUGUUAAAGCAAGCGUCGUCUUCCGUAGCCCGAGCGGCCAAGGCAUCGACACGACACACUUUAGCAUCGAAUUUCUUCACGCCACGGCAAGACAAAGGGAAGGCAAAAGCUGUCGAAGAACCGCCGCUCGGAGACGGUUUGGAUGUCCAAGCAUGGGCUUGCUCUUCUUCGAGACAACCAAUGUGGAAUCAAGACCGCCUGUCGCGUUCGGUAUUGCUCGGCGAGCUGGAGUCGUCAGAGCCCGCAGGACGAUCUUCGCGGACGAGCACCCGAACCUCCACAACAAGUCGGAGUCGUUUUCACCAACCCUCAUCAAAUCCACGCUCUGUAGAGCCUUCCGGAAGCCAUCGACAACAUCUCUCUUACUCUACAAGCAGCUCCGCACAACCCGUUCCCGAACCCGAUUUGCAACACGAUUCCGACGCCAUUCCAGACAAGCCGGUGAUAUACUCUGCAUACGUUCCGACGUCGUACAAGCGCCCUGAACAACAAGAGAGACUACUUGAUCCGCUAGGGAAGCUUGUGCGCCAGCUCAAGAUUGACACAGAGUCAUUUGCAAACUUGCAGGCCCUAGAGGGGACCUACAUUCUUGCACGCGAUGCGGGUUGUUUCGACGAGAUGCCUCCGACGACGGGAUAUCGGAUGCUCCGUGCACUUGGCCGAAAAAUUGACUCGCUAUGUGUGGCGCAGGCUAAACCGGAGGUCAUCCAGAGGUUGGGAGGGUACAUGUUCGAGCUGUACGAGAAGCUGCCGCCGCAGACGAAAGAAUCAAUCCAGGACCUCAAGCAGUACAACGAGAUCAUGGGCCAGGCGUUGGCGUUCAUGGGCAGGUUCAAGGAGGCUCGCAGUCUCCUGGAUAGGAUGUAUCAGGAGCAACCUGGGCAAUAUCGAAUAGCGUUGGCAGCCUUCCUCUCAUCCAUGGCUCGCCAGAAAGGCAUCUAUAACGCGCUGGAGUACUGGAUAAAUCUCAACGCCACCGAGGACAUGAAGUCUCCCGUCGAAUCCAAUUUCCGCAAAACGGUAGCCGAGACUGUGGAGAUUGCCAGUAUCUUCCCUAAGAUUGCUCAGUGGUCCCGGGACCAGCAGGAAAUCGUGCUGAAUUUCGUCCUCGGCUGCGCCGUUGAUCACUACUCGGGUGGUACUCGUGCUUUGGACGUCAUCAAGCAAAUGCGAUGUCUGCACAUGAAGAUCCAGUCGGACGACCUGUUGGAGAUCUGCAGCAAGCUCGCAACGGCCGGCGACGUUCGCACCGCCCAAAAUAUCUUCACGACCAUCGAACCGGAACAAGGGAAUAUGUACAGCAGAGUCCGGCUCCUGCUUGCGUCGCGGGCCGGCGACGUCAGGACCCUCGAGCGGGUCCUCGAGCAGCGGGAGAAUCUUGGUAUUAACAGGCUUAGUGACAACACGAAUGCGCUGUAUGGCCUAGCUGUCGCCGGAGAAACACGCAAGUUCCGCGCGCUGUUCGAGCACGUCUUUUCCAGACGGGCAGAUGGACAGCGUGUCAAGAAUCCCAACAUCGUUCACUACUCGAUGGCCAUCCUAGCACAUUCCGUGAAAGGAGUGGUUGAUGGGCUAGACUUCUGGCUCGAGGACAUGCAACGGGAAGGUGUCAGGCCCAACGUCAAGUUCUUCUCGUCGCUGAUUCAGGUUUAUCGAAAACGCGGCGACGACAGGGCCGUCCUCGCCGUCGUCAAAACCAUGCGUAACGCCGGUAUUCAGCCCGACAGGAACAUAUACACCUCCCUCAUCUCGCACAUGGCCAACCGGAAGAAUGCCAAAGCUGCAGACACGUUGUACGUCGAGGCACUUGAGGAAGGCAUCCAACCCGAUGUGUACAUGACCAAAUGUCUGCUGAAUGCCCACGUCCAAGCUGGCUCGUAUGCGGAAGUUGCCCGAAUUUUCCACCACCUUACGUCCUUGCCCUCACAUCGACAGCCGGAUGUGCUCAUCUACAAUCUGGUUCUCAAGUCAUACAUCCUCAUUGGUGCUCCCUUAAACCUCGUGCUGAAGCUGUUCUUCAAGAUUAUUGCUGCUGGUGCCAAACCCGACUCUUACACGUACACCUUGCUCAUCAUGUCUGCCUGCGAGUCUCAGCAACUUGGUGUUGCCAACAGCAUUUACCACCGAGCACGGACUGAGGAAAAGGAGACGGGAAAGAAGCUCCUGACAGUCCACUCGCUUACGAUCAUGAUGGCGACCGCCUUGCAUCUGCAUAACGAGAAUGAGGCGAAGUUCUUGCUUGACUAUAUGAUGACGAAGGGGUCUAUGCCGAACUCGGUCACCUACCGCGAGAUCGUCAGGUCGUAUGGGUUCCGUGGCGAAGAGGGGCUAAGACUCGCAGAGGAAUUCGUACGGAAGAUGGCGAACCAACCUUUCCAAGAGCAGACCUGGGCGACACCAGUGGCGGCAAAACGCCUGCCGCUGACGAACUUGUACGAGCCCCUCCUCCGCCAGCACGCGAAGAGAGGCAACGUAGAGGAGGUCGAGCGGUUAUAUACUGAGUACGUCGAGACAGGUGGAGAGCCGUCAGUGGGUAUCUACCAUUACCUGCUCGACGCGUACCGGACGAGCGGGAACGUGAGGAGGGCGAUGGAGGUUUGGGACAUGAUCAUGAAGACUGCGUCGCGGCCGUCGUUUGCCAAGCCAAAGGAGGGCGAGGAGCCGGCGGAGGAACUGUCGCCCAUCAACGGGGCAUUGACGGUGUACCUCGACAUUCUCUCGAAGGCUGCCUUGCAUGAGAAGAUGAGAGAUACCUGGCUUGAGUUGCAGAACCAGGGGAUGAAGUUCGACCACUUUAAUUGGAAUGCCCUUGUCACUGCCCUCAUACGUGCUGGCCAGAUGGAGCGUGCGUUUGAGGUCCUGGAGAAGGUCCUAUUGCCAUCCGAGUUGAAGACGCGCAUUAACCACGGUAUCCUGCCGUUCAGAGUGAUCCCAUGGGACGAGAACGCGCCAGAGGAGCUGAAGGUCCCAGUGAAGCACGAACACAAGGAGACGUACCUCGAGAAGUACGAAGACAUCCCUCCUCCGAUGCCCCGUCAUAACAAGAGGCAACGAGCACUUGCUCUCCGAGAUGGUCACACGACACUGGCGCGACGAGAGGAGCUCAGGGACAGGAGAGGGAUGUUCGCCGACCUGACGUACCCUCUGCGCGUCCUGCAGAAGGUACCUCCGAAUUACAACAUCUGGCGGCCCCACAAACACAACCUCCGUUCGCUCAUGUUCAUGUGGAUCCAGCUCCGCCAUGGCUACCUGCCCCGGGAGACCAAACCUGAUGAGCAGACUUACCUGGAUGUCGCUAUCCGUAGCAACGACGACUACGACGUCGAGGAGGCUGAGACGCUGCUCGAAACUCUCCGCGAGAAUUACCCCAACACGGUACAACGCAUCGAGAGGUUCAUGGGCGAUGAGAAAGGGAAGAUGACUGAGACCGCCUUCCAACGAAGAUACACUCGGCGGUAA